UAGUAGUAAAAAUGGGUUCAUGUAAAAGUGUGAGCGCGAAUGAAUAUAAGGGAGACUAUCCCAACUUUGCCCUCAACGUGGUCUCAAAAAUCUCUGGAGAUCCUGACAAAUGUCUAUUUGAUUACCAGUACAACAAUAGCCAUGAGCAUCAAGACAAAAUUAGUGCCUGUUCGGCUCAAGUAAAAACAAAUUGAUUCCUGCAUGCAAUGCAAAGUGAAUCAGGAGAUGAUGAUGAUGACAGUAAGGUCACUGCUGCUGUUCAUGACAGAAUGCUUGCUUUCACCUUCACACAAGGAAAAUUCUGGGUUUUCAAUGGGAAAGAGACUGAAGAAGACCUCUCUUGGGAAACUCUAAAGGAUCGGGCUUGGGUAGUCAUGAAUAAGAUUUACAAAAAUAAGCAAAACUGUAUAGUGAAAAAUAACAAGUACAAAAUUCAUGAUGGGGAUGUGCUCAGAUUUGGCAAGAUCCUCUUCAAGGUUACCCUCAUUGCUCCUCCAAAGAAGGGCAAGAAAAAGAAGCUUGCAUGCGAGAAUAAAUAUGAAUUAAUUGAAAAACAUUCUCGUCCAAUAAGGAAGUUAGAGGAUUUUGCUAGUACUAAAACAGUUUUUGAUCAUGGAACUGACACCCUGAAGAAUAAAUUAGUUACUAGGAUCGGGGACAAAGGAAUUUCUUCAAAGAAAUUGAUUGAAGGUACAAAAGAAGCUACUCCACCCAAGAAGCCUGAAAUAUUCGAAGAGACUGCAUGUAGAAUCUGUUAUUGAAACGAGGACGAUCCUGCUGAAAAUCCUCUAAUAGCUCCAUGUGACUGCUCUGGAUCGGUCAAAUUCAUCCAUUUGGCCUGAGCCAAAGCUUGGAUCAAUGAACAACUUACACAGGAUGUUUCUCCAGGUGUGAAGUCUUACUGCUGGGAAAGGAUCAGUUGAGAGCUCUGUCAUUCCAACUUCAAAGAAAUAGUCUACCAUAAUGACAAAGAAGUCAAAUUAUUUGAAAAGGAGAAAAUAGAUCCAGACACUAAAAUGGUGUUGGAUUCAAUCUAUCCUGAUGAUAUUAAGCUUAAUUUCAGCCUUAUAGUCAAAAAGCACGAAGAAUGGAAGGUUUUCCAACUAGGGCGUUCCAGAAAUUGAAAUAUCAAGCUUAAUCUCGAUUCUAUCUCAAGAAAUCAUUCGGAAAUUAAGUAUGAUAAUGGAGAUUUCUUCCUUAAAGACUGAAUGUCUACCUUUGGUACAAUGGUACUGUUGCGUCAACCUCUUAUGUUUACUAAUAAAGCUAAGGAGGAAGCUGCAAUUCAGUCUGGACCAACCUUAAUUGAAAUCAAAAAUGGAGGUCCCAGAAAAAUAGAAUACACCUAUAUUUCCAAAGAAGGAGGUGAGAAAAAGUGAGCUGUGUAUAAUGAUUUUAAACACAAGAUCCCAUCAGAGAUGCGUAAUUUCAUUGAUAGAAAUUCUGAGCAGCUUGAAGUUAUAAGAGUUGAGGAUGUUCACAUCAAUAAGAGAGCAAUAUCAGCCAAUAACUUACCCCUCAUGAAUGAAAUCUCAGAUGUAAAACCUGUUUUAUCAAAAGCUUCAACUUCUCUUGCAAAGUUUGAGAAUUUAUCUGCCCUCCCAGAAAACAGGAAUGAUGAUUCCAUUAUGAGAAGGGGACACAACCAAAUCGAUGUGGGGCCUGAACCUUCAGUUAGUCCAGAUAUUAGUAGAGUAAGAGAGAGUCACGGGAGCAAUCUAUCAAAUAACCAUCAAAGUGUAAUAACUCCACAAAGAGUUUCCCAAAGCCGAGAAGAAAUAAAAGAAGAUGAGCAAGACUAUGAAUCAAUUGAAAGUGAAGAGGAAGAAGAAUUAGUAGCGUCUAGAGGCCUAGAAGCAGAAUGGAGGAUAGUAUCUUCUCCUAGAGAGAAGCAUUCUCAACCUCCUGAGGUCGCUUCAUAAUAAACCUAUGAAACCCUAUAAACCAAAUGGUAUAUAGGAAUAAUUUAAUAUCUUCUUUACUUUA